CAAAUGUCAAAAAUACACAUUCUGUCAAAAAUCAUAUGUUUAGUUUGUUUUUAAAUUUAAAAGUUAUUUUAUCCUAAAAUAAUGGUUGAAGAAGUAAGAAAACUGUUGCAAGACAUUCUGCAAAAAAUCCAAGGCCUUCACUGCAUUCUGAUAACCGAUAGAGACGGUGUUCCAUUGUUAAAAGUAGGCACAGACAAAGCCCCCGAAAAUGCACUGCGGCCCAAUUUUAUAUCGACGUUCGGAUUGGCUAUUGACCAGGGCAGCAAGCUGGGCUUGGGCAAAACUGGAACCUUGAUCUGCUCGUAUGCACAGUAUCAGGUUAUACAAAUGAACAAACUACCACUCAUUGUUACAUUUAUUACUAGUGAUACUUGCAAUACAGGGCACAUAUUGGCAUUGCAAAAUCAGAUAAAUCCAAUUAUAUCCACACUUACUUUGGCUGUGGCGGAAUCAUAAUUUAAUUUAAAUAAUUUUAAGGAUAUAAUAAAUGUAUUUUUU